ACGUGUCUCCUUCCUUGAUGUUCUUCCUCGCUAAUACGUUACACUGCAAGCAAAACCCCCUACUCUACUACGCAAACACUAAUUUUAAAACCCUAUGCGGUGCCGUGAAUCUAUGAUCAGCAAAAAAUGACCGGAAGUGGAAGAAGAACUGCUCGGAGCAGAAUCAGAUCCUCCUCCGAUGCCGACGACGAUUCUCUUCGAGAAAAGAAGCCUAGACUUAAUCGCCACAGAGAAAGAAGCAAAUACGGAAGCUCCAUUCCCAUAUUUAACAACGCCAAUCUCAAAAUGGUCCUCGUUAUCUGCUUCUUCGCAUUCGUCGUCAUUUUGUUUACGGUCCAUCACCUCCUCAACUCCACCAAAGAAUCGCAGCUUCCUCGCGUUGUCACGCCGUUUCCCGCGCCAAAGAUAAUGGACCUUCCUCAGUUUCAAGGUGAGCACAAGGAGAGCUUGUAUUGGGGAACUUAUCGUCCGCAUGUCUAUCUCGGAAUUCGUGCCAGGACUCCAAAAUCUUUGAUUGCUGGAUUAAUGUGGAUUGGCGUGAAGGAUGGCAGAUAUCACUUGCGCCAUGUUUGCAGACAUGAGGACGACCUGAGUACUUAUGGUUGGACAAAGCACAAUGGACGUGAUUUUGGACAUCAAGUACUGAUUGACCAUGGCAUGACCUUGACUACUGGGUUUUUAAAAUCAAAAGAGGAAGGCAGUGGUUAUGGAGGGGAUUGGGCAGUUCAAAUUAAUGUGCAAAUCGAUAAGUCCAAAUGGAAUGAGGAAUUUGGGAGAGGUGCCCAGCUCUUUUUCUAUUUGGCUGAUGAAGGUGAUUAUGCUCUAGAUGUAAGUAGAGAAAAUUUGAAUGUUCAUGAAGAUUCUUUGCUUGCAUCUGGCUCUCGAGCAGACAUUGGUGAUUGGCAACUACAUUUAAAAUCAACGGAUGAUUUAGAGCUACAUUAUUCUGGAUUUCACACCCCUCACUUUCACAAUUUGUCUGAUCUUGUUGAGGAAAAUCUUGCAUCACAGAUAAGAAAGCAUGCUCGAUUGCAGCUAUCAGACUCAUCAGAUGAUUAUCCAAAUGUGUUAGUUUUUCAGAUUAUUGGUGGAUUUCCUUUCACAACAGAUAUUGCACUAAUCUCUGGAACUAAUUUAUAUAGUUCAAGAGUAGAAGAGCGUGUCAGUAGUCUUACAGGCAACUCACUGUCCAAACAGCUGAAAUAUAAAGAACGAGCAUUUGAUGAAAAGUUUGAUAAAGUUUUCAAUUUGGCUGAGAAGGUGGAUUCAGAAUCCAUAUCUGUUGGUAAGGCUGCUGUUGGAAACUUAUUAGGUGGCAUUGGCUACUUCUAUGGCCAGUCAAAAAUUGCUCUUUCAAAAAUCCUUAAUCUUAGAGAACAUGUUAAUUAUAUAUCAUAUUGGCCUGCUGAGCUGUACACAGCUGUACCAAGUCGAUCUUUUUUUCCAAGAGGAUUUUUAUGGGAUGAAGGUUUUCAUCAACUUAUAAUCUGGCGUUGGGAUAUUCAUAUUUCCUUGGAUAUCAUUGGACAUUGGUUAGAUUUGAUGAAUGUUGAUGGAUGGAUACCGCGUGAACAAAUUCUGGGUGCUGAAGUGCUGAGUAGGGUCCCUGAGGAAUUCGUUCCUCAACUUCCAACGAAUGGAAAUCCUCCAACUCUAUUUUUAGCAUUAAAUGAUAUAAUUAAUGGCUUGAAGAACAAUGACUUUACUGCAAUGCAUAGAAGUGAGAUCUCCCUAUUCCUGGAGCGUGCCUUUGUUAGAUUGGAAGCAUGGUUCCAAUGGUUCAAUACAACUCAAUCAGGGAAACAGAUGGGCAGCUACUAUUGGCAUGGACGGGACAACAGGACAAUACUUGAAUUAAAUCCCAAGACACUCUCCUCUGGGUUGGAUGAUUAUCCACGUGCUUCACACCCAAAUACAGAUGAACGCCACUUGGAUCUUAGAUGUUGGAUGUUACUUGCAGCAGACUGUAUGAAUUCCGUUGAAGAGUUGUUGGAUAAGGAAAGCAAACCUGGCAUGGAUUAUGCUUCUACUACUAAGUUGCUAUCGGAUUUUGAGUUACUGAACCAGAUGCAUUUUGAUGAUGCAUACGGUGCUUACUUUGAUUUUGGAAAUCAUACCGAGAAGGUUCAACUUAAAUGGAAAGAACUGGAGGCAGAGCAAAAUUAUGCUGCUCGCCAGCUAGUCCGAGAUGUUUCAGAGUGGCCUGAAUUGAGAUUGGUUCCUCACAUUGGUUAUGUUAGUUUGUUCCCAUUCAUGGAGAGGAUCAUUCCAUCUGGAUCAUGGAUUCUGGAAAAGCAGCUUGAACUCAUUUCAAAUCGCAGCCUGUUGUGGACAGACUAUGGACUACGUUCGCUUGCCAAAACAAGUUCCUUGUACAUGAAACGCAACACAGAGCAUGACCCACCGUACUGGAGAGGUCCAAUUUGGAUAAAUAUGAAUUACAGAAUUCUUUCAGCGCUCCAUCAUUACUCCAAAGAGAAUGGACCAUAUAAGGACAAAGCUAAAGCUACCUAUGAAGAAUUGAGAAGCAAUUUAAUUAGAAGUAUAGUACGCAAUUAUCAACAGAGUGGAUUUUUAUGGGAACAAUACGAUCAGAUAAAAGGUAAGGGGAAAGGGGCACAUCCAUUUACUGGGUGGACAUCGCUUGUAGUAUUAAUCAUGGCAGAAGUAUAUGGCAAAAUUUAGAAUAAACAGAGAAUGGAGAGACAGGCUAUAUGGCGUACAUUCUUGGUUCCCCUCUCAUCCUUCGUCCAUGAGUAUCAUAUGUGCUUCAAGUCAAAAUUCGCUAAUCUGAUACAAUCCGAACUUUAAUACAGGGAACGUAGAAUGCCGAACCAACCGCCGACUUCAUAAGCGUCUGGAAUUACUUCUGUGGUUGUAUUUACUUAAUUUUAAUUUUGGCAAUUUACAUUUCAGAAUAUAUUUUUUUGUGGAAUAUAGUUAAUUAAAUCUAAUUUAUAUUAAUUAAAUUUAAAUUUUCAAUUUUUAUACAUAUAUCAAAUUAAU